GGCUGCCAUAUCGGUAUGAGCACACACACCAUCAACGUACACGGUACCGAACAGUCGUUUAUCGAAACUACAAUCAUGAGCGGAAGAGGCAAAGCAGGCAAAUCCAAAGGAGGUAAAUCCAAGACCAGGUCGUCCCGUGCCGGACUCCAGUUCCCGGUCGGUCGUAUCCACCGUCUGUUGAGAAAAGGAAACUACGCCGAACGUGUCGGAGCCGGAGCACCAGUGUACUUGGCCGCCGUCAUGGAAUACUUGGCAGCUGAAGUUUUGGAGUUGGCCGGUAACGCAGCCCGUGACAACAAGAAGUCUCGUAUCAUUCCCAGACAUUUGCAAUUGGCCAUCAGAAAUGACGAGGAAUUGAACAAACUGUUGUCCGGUGUUACCAUCGCCCAAGGCGGUGUAUUGCCAAACAUCCAAGCUGUUCUUUUGCCCAAGAAGACCGAAAAGAAAGUCUAAAUUAUCCGAGCAAAUCCCUAUCAUAUUAAAACGGCCCUUUUCAGG